AUGGGUUCUCUAAUUUGGCUCGGUUCAUUGCACUUGCGCAACAACCAUCUCUCCGAGAAAUUUCCACUUCCAUUGAAAAAUUGCUCUAGUCUAGUGGUUCUAGACCUUGGUGAGAAUGAAUUCACUGGGACCAUACCUGCAUGGAUGCGGAACUUCGAUGGAAAGUUCAUUGAAACAUUACCAGGGGAUGGUGAGAUUAGAUAUACACCGGGUCUAAUGGUUCUUGUCCUUCAUUCGAAUAAGUUCAAAGGAAGUAUUCCUCUUGAACUCUGCCACCUUGAUUCCCUUCAAAUCCUGGACUUGGGAAACAACAAUCUCUCUGCAACCAUUCCCAGAUGCUUUGGUAAUUUCAGCAGCAUGAUCAAACAAUCAAAUUCAAGUUCCCCCUUUCCUUUUCAUAAUGCACGUCAUUUUGAUUCGGAAUCAACCGACACAGCAACGCUGGUUAUGAAAGGAGUAGAGUACGAGUACGACAACACUCUUGGCCUCCUAGUUGGCAUAGACCUCUCAAGCAAUAAGUUCUCUGGUGAGAUCUCAGAAGAACUCACAGGUCUCCAUGGAUUGAUAUUCUUGAACCUGUCUAAUAACCAUCUCCAAGGGAAGAUUCCUGUGAAGAUUGGGGCCUUGACAUCAUUGGAAUCUCUUGAUCUCUCCAUGAAUAGACUUUCUGGUGUUAUUCCUCAAGCUGUAGACCUGUCAAACAAUGCCCUUGAAGGGGAAAUCCCAAGAUCAUUGGGAGAACAUUGCAAUCUACAAAGGCUAGAUUUGUCAUCUAAUAAACUUGUCAAAGGUUUAGAGUUUCUAGACCUUGGAGCAGAUGAAGUUUCAGGUCAUUUUUCGAAAUGCUUAUCGGUUCUUUCUGAUGGGAAUAGUUCAUCUUCUGGACCAACAUCUGUAUCUGUAAGAGGCUUGUCAUCCUUGAGUUACUUAGAUAUGUCCGGGAAUUCUCUGAAGAGUAUAGUGUCUGGAAAGCACUUCGCUAAUUUGACAAGGUUGAAAUAUUUACAUGCUUCUUCAAACUCGUUUACAUUGCAAGUAGGUUCUGACUGGAAUCCUCCAUUCCAACUAGAAAUUUUGAAAAUGGGAUAUUGGCAGUUGGGGCCUUUAUUUCCUGCAUGGCUGCAAACGCAAAAGGAUCAGAUGGAUCUAGACAUAUCCAGAGUGUCAAUCAAAGAUGACAUCCUAUCUUGGUUCUGGAGUCUCAAUCUUGACUACAUAAACCUAGCGGACAACCGGAUCUAUGGCACUGUUCCAAGCUUACCAACUGCAUAUCAGAUCUGUCUUUGUUCAAACAAAUUCACUAGCCCACUGCCCCGUAUCUCUUCCAAGACAUUUUCAUUAAAUCUUUCCCAUAACUCCUUUAAUGGAUCCCUUUCACCCAUCUUGUGUCAACAGAACAAUGAAGAGAACAUUUUGUGGUCUUUAGACCUCUCCGGAAACAUUCUAUCUGGAGAACUUCCUGACUGUUGGGCGUCCUGGACACUACUUAUGGUGUUGAGAUCACAGAAUAAUAUUCUGACUGGACAUCUACCGAGCUCGAUGGGUUCCCUACUUCAGCUAAGAUCAUUGCACUUGCACAACAACAGUCUCUCUGGUACUUUACCGCCUUCCAUGCAAGGUUGCAAAAGUUUAUCAUUUGUAGACCUCAGUGAGAAUGAAUUCUCUGGAAGCAUACCGCUGUGGGUGGGGAAGAAUCUGUCUUAUGGGUUCACAGACACAACAUCACUGGUCGUAAAGAGUUCAGAAUAUGAGUACGGUGGUUCUCUCCCCCUUCUAACUGGAUUAAUAGACCUCUCAUGCAACAACUUAUCAAGUGAGAUACCAGAAGAACUGACUGGUCUUCAAGGUUUGAUGUUCUUGAACCUGUCUGUAAAUCAUCUUGAAGGACAAGUUCCUAUGGAGAUCGGCGCCAUGACAUCCUUGGAGUCUAUUGAUCUCUCCAGGAACAAACUUUCGGGUGUUAUUCCACAAAGCGUUGCAGGUAUAUCAUUCUUGAUCCAUUUAAAUGCGUCGCACAAUAACUUCUCAGACAGAAUUCCAUCAGGCACUCAAAUCCAAGGCUUUAAUGCGAGCUGUUUUAUUGGUAAUCUUGAGCUCUGUGGGCCGCCUCUCAGAGAAACUUGUAUUGGAGAUGAUCUCCCAGAGGUUCCAAUACCAGGGUCUGCUGAUGAAGAGAACGAUGAUGAUUGA